CUGUCAAGUGACAUCCUUCAAUGUCAAGAUAUCAAAUGUAAAUGUCAGUUGCUUCGCUGGCUUCAUAGUUUCUACAUUUUGUCGAUUACCUAUACGUUUAUUUAUCGAUAAGAAUAAACAUUUGCACGUAAAUUUUAAUAUCGCAGCUACAAAUAGUUAUUUAUAGUUUCAAUUUUAAAUUGAUAUAAGCCCAGUGUGAAAAGAAAAUCAGUGUAAACAAACCCAUAUCUAACCUCACUAUUUGGAUGAGCUUGUUAUUGACAGUGAAACCGGAAUCAAGAUGAGUUAUAAUUCAGGCGGGAGUGGUAGUAAGGGGUUUGGGUUUGCCGGGUUUACGAUGCCUAAGCGGAACCCUUCGAACGUGUCGCUACACGCCGUGCCUCCUCCGACGGCGCCUAUGCAUGCCGUGCCGCCCCCCACGUCUGGACUCUCCAAACAAGGGUAUUCCACCAUGAAUUCAAUAACACAGAACGCGGUGACUGGCAACUGGGGUGCGAUAGGCAAGAAACGCUCAAAGACUGAGGAUGAAUAUUUUGAUGAAGAUGAUGAGCCUCCAACACCAGCUUUGGCAUACAUACCAGCUCCUGGGAGUCCAUCAUAUGAGGCUGCUAGCAGUUCAAAGGCAGAUGAUGAUGAAGAGGAUCCUCUAGAUGCGUACAUGGCAGGUCUGGAGCAGCAAGCUGCUAAGGAUAUGGUGGCCAGCAAGGAGAAUGCCGCCAGCGGCAAGGGUGACAGCAGCAGAGGCACUAGAGGGGACAUUGACGAUAUGGACGAUGAAGAAAGUUAUUAUAAAUAUAUGGAAGAAAAUCCCUUAAAUCAAGGUGACGAUGGAUCUGAUGUUGAAAUAGAGUAUGAUCAAGAUGGUAAUCCAAUAGCGCCACCUAAAAAGAAGUAUAUAGAUCCACUACCUCCUAUUGAUCACUCAGAGAUAGUAUAUGAGCCAUUUGAGAAGAACUUCUACACACCACACGAGGAUAUAGAGAAAUUAACCCCACAACAGGUCGAGGAACUGAAGAAGAAUUUGGGAGUGAAGAUCACGGGCCCGGAGCCGCCGCGGCCGGUGAGCAGCUUCGCGCACCUGGGCUUCGACGAGCAGCUGAUGCGCGCCAUCCGCCGCUCGGAGUACUCGCAGCCCACGCCCGUGCAGGCGGCCGGCGUGCCCGCCGCGCUCUCCGGCAGGGACCUCAUAGGUAUUGCCCGCACUGGAUCAGGCAAGACGGCAGCAUUCCUGUGGCCCCUACUGGUACACAUUAUGGACCAGAAAGAGUUGGCGCCAGGAGACGGGCCCAUUGGUCUUAUACUCGCGCCCACUAGGGAGUUGGCGCAGCAGAUAUACAUGGAAGCGAAAAAAUUCGGAAAGGUUUACAACAUACGAUGCGUGUGUUGCUACGGCGGUGGAUCCAAGUGGGAGCAGACUAAAGCGUUAGAAGGCGGCGGAGCGGAAAUUAUAGUGGGCACCCCCGGUAGAGUAAUAGAUCUGAUCAAAUGCAAAGCGACCAACCUUCAACGAGUUACCUACUUGGUGUUGGACGAGGCGGACAGAAUGUUCGACAUGGGUUUUGAGCCGCAGGUGCGCAGCAUCUGCAGCCACGUGCGGCCCGACCGGCAGGCGCUGCUGUUCAGCGCCACGUUCCCGCGCCGCGUCGAGCGCCUGGCGCGCGACGCGCUGCACGACCCCGUGCGCGUGCAGCACGGCGCCGCCGGCGAGGCCAGCCACCUCGUCGCGCAGCACGUCAGAAUAUUCAACAAACCAGAAGAAAAAUGGCCCUGGCUUCUACAGCACUUAGUUGAAUUUCUAUCGGAGGGCAGCGUUUUGAUAUUCGUUACAAAGAAAUUAGAAGCAGAGCAAACGGCAGCCAACCUUGGCGUGCACCAGUACGAUGCGCUACUGUUGCACGGCGACAUGGACCAAGCGGACAGGAACAAGGUGAUCACAGCGUUCAAGAGGCAGGAGAACAAUAUACUCGUUGCUACUGAUGUCGCUGCGCGCGGGCUGGACAUCCCGCACAUCCGCACGGUGGUGAACUACACGGUGGCGCGGGACAUCGACACGCACACGCACCGCGUGGGCCGCACGGGCCGCGCCGGCGUCCGCGGCCGCGCCUACUCGCUGCUGGCGCGCGACCGCGACCGCGACUUCGCCGGCCACCUGCUGCGCAACCUGGAGGCCGUGCACCAGGAGGUGCCUGAAGAUCUGAUGCAGCUAGCGAUGCAGUCGGCGUGGUUCCGCAAGUCGCGCUUCAAAAAGGGCAAAGCCAAGAACCUGAACGUGGGGGGCUGUGGACUUGGUUACAAGGAGCGGCCGGGGCUGCCGGCGCACAACGACGAGCCGAGCCCGAUGGUCAACAUAGAGAAGGCGCACGGGCCCGCCACCGACCGCCUCGCGUCGCUCAAACAGGCCUUCAGGUCGCAGUACAGUCAGUUCACAGCAUCUACAGACCACUCGUGGGAACAAACGGUGACCACCAUCCAGCCCGGUGUCAACGCCCCCGCCUCACAGCCACAGGAGAAGGACAAAACUGAGCGCGUGCGCAAGGGCGGCAAACGGAGCCGUUGGGAGUAGGCUAGCGAAAUUGCACCUGAACGUGAUAACGAUAUGGUCGAAUGUCGUUUGACAGCUGUAUAUGUUUAAAUAAUUAGGUGGCUCUAUAGUGCUAUGGAUUGUCCAACGUUAAAGGCUGAUUAUGUGGUGUUUUAUGCAGGCCUAACCAAUGGCACACAGUUAUACUUCCUUCAAAUGAAUUACGACUUUAAAGCUAAGGGGCGAUGGUUUAUAUUUCAUUGUACGUCAAGAGGUGGCGCUAGGGAUAUUUUUUUUCCUAACAAAUUAUGUCUACAAUUGGCCAGAAAUCACAGUUGCCACUUUGGCUAUGAAUUUAGAUAAACUGUGCCAAAAAGUGGCUGGUUUGUAUGAUUCGAACAAAAAUGUAAUUAUAUUUUUUAUUGCAUUUGAAAUUUACAAGAAAAUAUUAAAGGGUCAGAUGCUUAUAAAUUUGUUUUUAAACAUUUUUUAUGUCCUGCAAUUACGAAAAACUAUUUUUUUCAAAAGACUCAGGAAUUUUGAAUUCAAUCGUAUUUUCUACGUGUGUAUGUAUGUGUGUGUGUGUAUUGUGUGAUAUUUUCGUUAAUUUUGAACCAACUUUAAUUAUCCCUUAAUUAAAAGUGUGUAUCCCUUAUUAGUCCUAUACUAAUUUGUUUU